AGGCGAUUGUCGAUUCACAGAGCCCGUCUUCCUAGGCUCAUCCAGUAGAACCAACAGCCAGACUUCUUUCGAGUCUCUGCUAUCAACAAUGCGUUUUCGACCCCUGCUCGACUUCACCGUCCCCGUCCUUGCCUGCCUUGGGCUUGGGACGGUCACUUCGGCUCAGUCUCCUGACUAUGACCCUACGCAGAACCUUGCCAUUGGAUUUAUCCUGUUUCCUGGCUUUCAGCCCAUGGAUGUCAUAGGCCCGUCCGACAUCAUCCAAGGGCUCUCCGGCCGGUUUAACAUCACCACCUACUUCAUCUGGAAAGAGGCGGGCCCUGUUUCGGGCCGCUCGCCGCCCCGCAAGAACCCGCCGCCGCAGAACCCCAACUUCCCUCCGUCGAUAUACCCGGCACAGGCUCCGUCCUUGGUGGCCACGCAUUCGUUUUCCGAUGCGCCGCCCCUGGACAUCAUCUUGGUCCCUGGCGGCACCGGCAACAGGGUCCUGGAGGAGAACAACGACACAGCCAUCGAGGACUUUGUGCGCGAGCGCUACCCCUCGCUCAAGUACCUGCUGACCGUGUGCACCGGCGCUGCCAGCGUCGCCAAGUCCGGCCUCCUGGAUGGGCGCCGCGCAACCACCAACAAGGCAGCGUGGGCGUGGGCUACAAGUAACGGCAACGGCGUCAAGUGGGUUCCCUCGGCUCGCUGGGUCCAAGAUGGGAACAUUUGGAGUAGCUCUGGCGUCGCAGCCGGGAUCGACAUGACAUACGCCUUCUUCAAGAUGCUUCUCGGGCCCCAAGCUGUCAACCCGCUCAUCAAUGGGAUCGAAUACACUCCGCAUACCAACGAGCACUGGGAUCCUUUUUCAGUCGUGCACAAGGUCCCCGGAGCAGAUACAUUCCAACCCCUUGGCGAAUGUGUCGGGCCGGCUGGGUAUAGCUUUACUUGUGCUCCGAAGAGCUCCAUUUGAGCACCACCCGCCCAUGAAGAAAGCAUGAAUGUCAGGUGUGACAGACGACCCGAUUAUGGAAGUUCCCGAAGUGGCUGCCCUGGAAAUCACUUGGCAAGAUUCAUGACCUCAAAGGGCGGUUGAUAUUCUUCAAUCAGUGACUGAGGAUGUAUUAUUCAGUCUCAAGUUAUACAAAUCUGACAGUUCCAGGAAUCUCUGGGCAUGUAACCGGAUACCAAGGGCCUCUGGGCAAAGGCUAUAUGCUUGACUUUUGAAGUGAGACCAACCACAGAUACUCCUACUCAGAUACCAUAGCCCAGUAGUCGACGUCCGGCUUCACAUCGUCUCCCCCCGCGAGGGAAGCGUUCCCACUGACUUUGCCAGCCACGCUCGUUGCC